UACAGACGAUAGAGCAAUAAGAGUACGAUACUCUGAAAGUUCGCCGACAAUAUUGUACGUGACGAUUUCGCUGAAAGUUUUAUAACUCCCAUCUUCCAGCCUUCCCCUUUAUCCUUCUCUGUUCCUUCUGUACUUUGCUGUUACUGCAUCUCUCAAUCUCUCUCUGAACAACAACAUGGUGCAAUCAAAGAAGUUCAGAGGCGUCAGGCAGCGUCACUGGGGCUCCUGGGUAUCGGAAAUACGCCACCCAUUACUGAAGAGAAGGGUGUGGCUAGGCACAUUUGAGACAGCCGAAGAGGCAGCCCGAGCGUACGACCAAGCUGCCAUUUUGAUGAGUGGCCGCAAUGCCAAAACCAACUUCCCAACAACUCAAACUUCGACAGGAGACCCAAAGACUAGCGAGGAUUCCCCAUCUUCAUCGCCAAAGGAUUUAUCAGAAAUUCUUCAUGCAAAGCUUAGAAAAUGCAGCAAGGCACCGUCCCCAUAUAUGACUUGUUUGAGGCUUGACACUGAGAGUUCCCGUAUAGGUGUUUGGCAAAAACGUGCUGGGCAACACUCUGAUUCGAAUUGGAUCGUAACCGUUCCGCUUGGAAAGAAAAAUAUUGGCGAUGAUGUUCAAACUAGUUCAUCGUUGCCCAAUUUGUCUUCUGAAUCUCCGACAUUAAUGGAAGGGCCGAAACUGCGAGUAGAGAUGGAUGAAGAGGAGAGAGUUGCACUGCAAAUGAUAGAGGAGCUUCUUAACAGGAAUAUUCCCAGCCCUUCAUCCUUCGGUAAUCAAGAAUUAGAAGAAGAAGAGGGAAGUUUUUACCCCUAGUCUUGUUGCUUGUGUUCAUGUUAUAUUAAUAUAUACAUAAAUAUAUAUAUAUAUAUAUAUGGCAGUAAAAGAAGAUCAAUAUUCAUGUCAAGGUGUUGUAAAUAGCUAAUUAAUUUCUUUAUUAUAUAUCAAA